AUGAAUUCAAAUAAGGACAAGUCGGUAGUAAAGAAAAACAACAAUAAUAUUAUUCUUCCAUCAAAAGAUUUAAGCAUCCUACAAGCAUGUCGCUCUGGUAUUUUUAUGGGUUUCAUUGCUUACAGUGGAUCUUUUUCUGCAGUACCAAUAUUUUUUACAGUAACUGCUUUUAUGUUCGGUACAAAAUCAUUGAUUACAAUAAUGGCAACAGCUUUUGGUCAACUAGCUGCUGGUUAUCUUCGUACACAUUCUUCACGAACUGGUAUGGCUUUAAGUACGAAGUUAUUUCAUGGAUUUUAUAUAGCGAAACCAGAAAUGAGAAAUAGACGAAAACAUGCUUGUAGGAUGCUUAAAUCUUUUGAUGGAAGAAUAAUAUUAUUGUUNGAAUGCUCUUGUACUUAA